AUGGCCGGCUUUACCCAUUUCCUCAAGACCAUCCUCGUACCACUCUUCCUCGCUGCCCUCCUCUAUGUCCUGCUAGUCUUCCUCGUGCUGCCCUUUGUGCGCCGGCACCGCAGCCGUUAUAGCCAGUACCUGCCUAUGCCCGCGAGCGUGACCGACUUCCCGUCCUCUUGGCGGACGAACCUCUCCGAUGCCCUCUACAACCUCUUCGCGCCUUCCGCGUGGGUCAGACAGCGCGCGAUUGUGGAUGGGAGCGGACAACACGACGACGACUUGUUCGACGACGAGGAGGGAGAGGGCAUGGUGGGCUUUGACCCCAUCGAUGAGAGGAGAAGAGAAGCCCUCGAACAACGCCGCAGCAUCAUGGAGGAAGAACGGCGGUUAGGACGUGAGCUGGAGGAAGGCUUCAAGGAUGACAGUGAAGAUGAGCAUGAAGACGAGAGGCGGCGGUCCUUGUCACGACAUCGAUGA